GUACCGUGGAUUGUCAGGCAGGGGUGCAGUCCGUCCGUCGUGAGCGUGUAGAGGUAGAGAUGACCUGCAAAUGGUCAAAUCAAUCAGGCCACCCACCCAAGGCGCAACGGGCCAACGGCUACAACUCCCCUACAAGUGUCCGGCGCCCCUUGGUCUGUCUCUGUCCACCACCACCACUAGUCCACGACGGCCGCCAGCCAUUUCGCCGCGGCUUCCACUUCGUGUUCGUUCCCCCAAUUGCGUCUCCUCCUUCCAACUCCACGCGCUUCAAUCCCACAACCGCGUCGCCGUCCCGAUCCCCUCCCCUCCCCUCCCUUUCUCUUCCAUAUAAAAAACCCUCACCAGGUGCAUCAAUUGAAACCCAAUCCAGCCCCAUCCGUCGAUUGGAACCCAGAUCCGCAGGCCGCAGCACAAGAGGGUGGGAUCGGAUCGGAUCGGAGCAGAGGGGGACCGACCAGAAUCCGCCGGCGACCACCAUGGGCUCCGCGAGCCGUGCCGUCUCGUGCCUGUGCUGCCCCUGCAAGUGCCUGGCGUGCGGGCUCCUGAGCUGCCUGUGCAGCAUCCUCGUCUCGCUCGCCGUCGUCCUCGGCGUCGUCGCCCUCAUCCUCUACUUCAUCUUCAAGCCGCACAUGAUCGCCGCCACCGUGGACUCGGCCUCGCUCUCCCAGUUCGCGCUGUCGGCGUCCUCCACGCUCUCCUACGACCUCAACGUCACCAUGACGGUGCGCAACCCCAACACGCGGGUGGGGCUCUACUACGACGACGUCCAGGCGCUGGCCCUGUUCAGCGACCAGCGCUUCGGCUACGCCCCGCUCGACGCCUUCUACCAGGGCACCCAGGCGUCCACCCAGCUCAGCCCCGGGUUCCGCGGCACGCAGCUCCUCCAGGGCGACGUCACCGCCGCCGAGUUCAGGCAGGAGCAGUCCGCGGGCAACUUCGCCGUCGACGUCGACCUCAACGCCAAGCUCAGGGUGAAGGUCUGGGCGUUCAAGGUCCGCGGGCCCAAGGCUAAGGUCACCUGCAAGCUCUCCGUCCCCGCACCCGGCGCCGCCAACGCCUCGCCCUUCCAGCCCACCGUUUGCAAAGUCUGGUUCUGAUUUUCCAUGUUGUGGGAUUUAGAUUUACCUGGUAGGCAUUCUACUAGUAGUAGUAGAUAAUGUUACCAGCUGAUGCUGAUGUCGAUUAUUGUUUUCUUUCGUUCAUUCGUUGGUCGUCAGUCCCGCUCUGGAUUUUGCUUUAUGUAUAUAUAUACUGCUCUCCUUCAUUCGUACCAGCACUCUGCUCUGCUGUAUACACUUUUGUUUGCUCUCAGUUUUUAUUACUACUGUAGACAAAUUUACUAGUUGUCCCGGCU